AGACACUUCAAAAAAAGUUUUUGUUCAAAAGUGUCAAAUCUCGACUGUUGUGUAAUAAAAAAUUCUGUCUUUUCGUGUAUUUUGAUUAGUUUUCUUUUAAUCGCUAAACAAUGGAACCAACUAUACUGGUUCACGGUGGAGCAGGGAAAAUAGAAGAGUGUAUGCUCGAUGGAGUCAUUCAAGGUAUAAAAUCAGCAGCCUUAGAAGGCUAUAGGACACUACUGUGUACAGGAUCGGUUGUACAGGCCGUCGAAAGUGCUGUAAAUGUAUUGGAAGAUGACAAACAUUUUAACGCAGGAAUUGGAUCAGCUUUAACUUGUAAAGGAGAUGUCGAAAUGGAAUCUAGUAUAAUGGUUGGUAAAGACAUGUCAGCAGGAGGUGUAGCAAUAUGUAAAGACAUUGCUCACCCUAUAAGUGUAGCUCGGCUUGUCGCAGAAAAAACUAAUCACGUUAUCCUCGCGGAUGAAGGCGUAAAACAGUUUGCUGCAAGUAAUGGCGUACCAAUAUUGGCAUCCGGAAGUUUAGUUACUGAAAAAGCAAAAGAAGAUUUGGAAAAAUUUAAAAAAACCGGAGCAGAGUUUAUGGUGCACGCUAAAGGGAGCACUGUUGGAGCUGUUGCAAUAGAUAAAGAUGGUAAUAUAGCUGCAGCUACAUCAACAGGAGGGUUGACGGGGAAAAUGCCUGGCAGAAUCGGAGAUUCGUCGCAAAUUGGAGGUGGAACUUAUGCCGAUAACGCUGCAGGAGGCGUGUCUUGUACAGGUUUUGGCGAAAAUAUCAUGAGAUUUGCUUUAGCCCAUAAAAUUUGCAGAGACAUGGAAAAAGGUAAAUCCGCAAAUACAGCAACAAAAUCAAGAAUCGAAAAAUUGAAAGGGAGAUUAGACUCUACUGCAGGUGCAAUUGCUAUUUCAAGAAAAGGAGAUGUAGGUGUGUACUUCAACGCAUGUAGCAUGCCAUGGGCUUAUGUUAGAGGAGAUGAAAUUCACUUUGGGGUAGAUAAAGGACAGCAUGAAGUAGAGUGCAUUAAGAUAGAAUAAACAUAAACCUAAACACAAAUAGGAAAACAACGUAUUUUUUACAUCGAAUAAUUUUUAAAAUAUGACGUCUAAAAUCGACUAUUUUUUAUAGUUUGAAAUAUUUAAUGAUUUGCAAUGUCAAAACGAAACAAACGUUAAAUUUUUUAUUUGUAAAAAUCGGCACAAUUGUUAGAUCUCUACUUCUUGCUCCCUACCUAACAUUCUUCUUUCAUACACUUAUUUAAAUCAACUAUCAUUUAAACCCCAAGUGAAUAAAUUUUUUACUGAAACACGAGUUAGUGUAAAUUCAAUUCUAAAUACACUAAUGACCUUCUAAAAGCACGUAAAUUCCGUCGGGGGUGCAGAUGUGCUUUACAGUGCGACCAACGUUUAACUGGAUGGAACAUUUAAAAGCUAUCCCAAAUAUUUACUUUACACAUA